AAAAAACUCUAGUAUGUCAUUGCCAUUUUUUAUCGCGAUUCUGUGUGAAUAAGUGAAAGAUCCAGACGUGCUGAACUGUGUGUAAAGAAAAAUGGACUACUUCAAGGAUGAACCGUGGAACGCUGUCGAUAUUAAUUUGUACACCCUCAUUGAGUUUGAAAAACCGCAUGUUGGCAAAGUUUGGGUGCCCGUCCUCAAAACUGAAGACGAACGUCUGAGAAAGACGAUUUCUGAUCCACGCAUAUACGGAGCUAUCAUCGACAGUAAGUGGAAAGCGUGGGAGGGCGAGAGGCAUAAUCGAAUCGCACAAUAUCGACUCACUCAUCCUUACAACGCCGCUUCGGAUUUCUUCGCAAAUCCAGUGCCAGAACCACCCACAUCAUCGUCAAGCCAGGCGGAGUCUGACACGGAAUGUUCUACGUUUGACACUUUCGCGAAUCCAAUCACGGAACAUUCAUCAUUUGCCGAAUCGCAAGCAGAAGGAUAUAGUCCUUUCGAAGUAGAUGAAACGUUGACGCAGGCGUCAACAUCAAGCGCAUCAUCUCGACGUGGCAAGAAACGGGCUUAUGCAGGUACCACCGAAGCUGCUGACGUAUUCGAUUGGACUGACAAAGCCAUCAGAUGCAUGCUCGCAAUUCGUCUAUCUGAAAACCAAAAAUUCUCAAACUCGACUGAAGCACAAUCCACGCUUUGGAGAAACGUUGCCAUUAAAAUGAAAGAGCAUGGCUAUACACUGGACGGCCCUACGGCUAGCAUGAAGUUUAGAAACAUGCAGAAAACGUACAAAGUCAACAAAUUGCGACAGAGCAAAACCGGCCAAGGAGCUGAUUGCGUAAACUGGCCGUAUUUCGAACAAUUUGAAGAUAAGAAUCAAAAAUAAUUGAUUCAUGCGAUUUUUUGCUUAAAUAAACAUAUGUGAC